AUGAUUGUGGAUGUCGACGAGGCAGAUGUCGCCAUCUUGGAAGAGAACCUCAACAAGUCGCGGGCAUUGAUCUCCAGUGUCAACCUUGGGCUCAAGAAAAUCGCCCACACGUCACAACGUUCAGAAACAUUGAUCAAGCCAAUGAUAGAUAAUAGUAGAAGACUCGAGAUCUACCAAAGAAACAUAAAAGAGUGCUUGAAGCUCGUGGAUAAAGUAAAAGACAGCGCGUCGACGGUGGCUCAGUAUGAAGCGGUGCUUGAAAAUGUUCUGGUGCUUGAAAAUAACCUUCCGAAAUAUAUACAGUGCUUAAAGGAUAGUAAAAAAGUAUUGAGCGAUAUGCGAAUGCUUAAGAUCGAUGAAUUCCGAGGAGUGUUUGAUAAUAUUGUCAAAGUCAUCAAAAACGGAGAGGCCAAGUUGUUGAUCUUUGCGAAAAAUAGCAUUAUCAAGUACCUGAAACCGUUUGACCCCACCCAAGUGAUGACCGAAAAUUUACCAUUCCCGGUAUUAGAUGACAAUGUUAUUAAUAAAAUGAUGAUGAUUGUCCAGUAUUUUGCUGACUUCAAGAAAAUUGGCGGGAAAGCUGGUCUGGUGGACGACUUCUUGGAAAUCGAAAAUAUCUAUAUUGAACAACGUCGAAUCUACGUAUCAGAAAGUUUAGGAUUUCUUGAAGCGUCGACCAAACCUUUGUCUAAAGGUGCCAAUGUUCCGUAUGAAAAGAAUUCUAACGGUAUCAACCACUACACCGAUGCGCUAAUUCAGUUUAUGUUGACGGAAAACGAUUUAAUCAUCAAGAUAUUCUCCAACAUCAAAUAUACCGACCAAAAACUUAAAAACGUGGUGCUCAACGCGGCCAAGAAGCUUCGAAUCUUUGAAAAACUCUUCCUGACAAUCUUCAGCACCUUUGUCAAUAUUGUUCAACAAAUCAUUGAUUUCAUUAAUAAAAACUACGGGACCGAAGGGGUAUUAUCAUUUGAGUUGGUCCAAUGUUAUCUCAAAGUCAGUCCUGCUUUGGAUAAAGUCAAUGCCACUGCUUCCAAUAAUCAAAGUGUCAAACGCCUUGAAAGCAUAUUCGAUAAUAUUAAGCUGAUUUCCGGGAACUUGUUUAGAGAAUAUCUCAAGUUUAUCGAUACUCGUAUUUCCAAUAUCAUCACCAUGCCUUCGGAUAACGGGGUCAGUGAAUGCACCGUGGAGCUCAUCUCUCGUAUGCGGAAGUUUUCUGAGUACCGUCAAGCGUCAUUGAGCAUUGUUGGGGACAUGAAGCCUGGGACUUGGAUUCCUAGCCCAAAACCUCAGUGGUUAGGGGUAUUUUCCAGUAUCAACACUAGCACCCCGAUCGAUGAGAAUAAUAAGGAGUUUCUCUUAUCGUCUUAUUUCAGCGAUUGUAUCGAUGCGAUAAUGAUCAGUUUGGAAAUCAAGGCCAAAGUACUAUUACCAAAGAAGACCAGCACUAUCGGAUACUUUUUGAUGACGAAUUUGACGUUGAUCGAACAAGUGAUGAAGAAAUCGGAGAUCUACAGUAUUUUGGGUACUGCAGGAAACGAGCGAUUGGAGAAAUUGCGGAAGCGUGCACUCAACAUGUUUUUGACCAGUUGGAAAGGGUUGGCGAGUACCCUUAUGGAUGUCACGGUGAUCACUGGGGGCAAUAAUGGCACCAACAAGAAGACCAAGAUCAGCUCCAAGGAUAAAGAUGCGAUUAAGGACAAGUGGAAGACCUUCAACAAUGAGUUUGACGAGCUAGUGAAAGGGUUUAAGGCGUAUGGCAUCAAGGACCAACAGUUGAAACAGUAUUUGGUGAAGGAGAUUAGUUUUGUGAUUCCGUUGUACAAUCGGUUUUACGAGAAGUAUGCGAACGGGGAGUUCACCAAGCAUAGCAGUAAGUAUAUUAAGUACGACAAGGGUAAGUUGGCGAGUAUCAUCCAAACGUUGUGA